AAUUGCGCCCUAUGUUGUUGAACACUCGCUGGCCUGGUAGUGAGUGUCUCGAUCCACGGCCAAAGGCGCUAAAAAGAACAUUGCUUGAGAUAGGCAUGAGAGCAGUAUCAUGCACCGAAGCCACACCUGUCCGGAUCGAAGACUUGGCCAAUGGAAACGGAGGUGCACCUGGCAGUCAAGUCGGUCUUGGGACGGAUGUUGCAACCCCGGCCGGCUGUUGUUCCCGCCCCGCAAAGAAGUUGAGAAGGAGCGAGAUGGCCGGUGGGUGGCUCGUGAUGGCGAGUUUGUAG